AUGAAUGCUGUUCCGAGUAUUCAACGUUCUUGGCGUGAAGAUCGGCUGCCUACCAUCGUGCUAGUUAAACAGUGGAGGAACUUUUUUGAGGCAGGGAAAGCACAAAAUCCCCCUAUUGCGGCCGCAACUGCAUCGGCGUUCUUCUACCUCGCAUGGUCAGUUAGAAGUGGAGCUCCACUGUUCCGACGAUCUGCUCCACGUAGCUCCAUGUUGUACUCUACGGCCGCGAUUCUGACCUUGGGCAUUGUACCUUUCACCGUGGCUGUCAUGAAACAUACAAACGAGGAGCUGCUUGCAAAGGCAAAAGGAGAUCCACAGUUAUCGCAACAUGCCGAUUUUGAGGUCCAAAGCCUAAUCAGCAAAUGGAUUACUCUUAAUGGCCUUCGAAGCCUUUUUCCCCUAGCAGGAGGUCUCGCGGGUUUGAUAGCCGUGUUAUCGUGA